AUGCAUAAGAACUGGUCAACAUUGCCCCAGGGCUAUUCCUACCUAAAAUCCUGUCUCAAUUUCCCGAUAUGGUUUGACAUAGGAUCCCAAGUGGGUUUCCCAUGUGGUUGCCCAUCAUGGGGUAUAUUUUCAAUAGUGGUUGGAAAUAGCUUGGAAUUGAAAAAGAGGAUGGAAAGCCUGGAAAUGGCAAUGGCAUGGAAUUUGAACGAAUUCCAUACAGGCGAAAAGAAAAAAAUCGAUAAUAAAUUACCAGAAGAGAAAGAAGUCGAUAAUAAAACAUCCGAGAAGAAAGAAGUCAAAAACAAAUCAGCCGAAAAGAAAAUGCCCGCAAAUAAGGCUGUUGAAAAUAAGUCAGUCAUAAAGAAAAAAUUCGAAAACAAAACAGCCGAAAAGAAAGAAGUCGAAAACAAAACAGCCGAAAAUGAAAAGUCGAAAAUAACCGAAAAUGAAAAAGUCGAAAAUAAGUCUGCUAAAAAGAAAGAUGUGGAAAACAAAACAGCUGAAAAGAAAAAUGUCGAAAAUAAAACAGCCGAAAAUGAAAAAGUCGAAAGUAAGUCAGCUAAAAAGAAAGAUGUCGAAAACGAAAUAGCCGAAAAUGAAAAAGUCGAAAGAAAGUCAGCCAAAAAGAAAGAUGUCGAAGACAAAACAGCCAAAAAGAAUGAAGUCAAAAAUGAAAAAGUUGAAACAAAACAGCCGAAAAUGAAACAUCCGAAAAGAAAGAAGUCGAAAACAAAACAGCAGAAAAGAAAAAAAGUGGAAAAUGAAAAAGUUGUGAACAAAACAGCCGAAAAUGAAAAGUCGAAAAAAGAUGUCGAAAACAAAACAGCCGAAAAGAAAAAUGUCGAAAAUAAAACAGCCGAAAAUGAAAAAAUGAAAAAAAGUGUAUCAUACGCUCUUUAUGACAAUGAAGAAAGGCAUGUAGAAAUAAGAUCAGAAAUUGUAGAUCACAUAACAGAAAAUUGGGCACAGAUGAACGAAAUAAUAAACGGAUAUAGAGUUUCCGCUGAAGUAAAGAGUAACGAAAAGCCAAAGAGCCGUACAAUAAUGCUGGAGAAUAUGCCGAACAAUGAAAACAGAUGGAGAAUAUGGCACUGA